AUGGCUCCAACCCCACGUAAGAGGGCUCGGCAAGCUUGUCUCGCCUGCAAUGCCAGACGGGUCAAGUGCGAUGUAACCGAGAGAGUCCCGUGUCGGAAUUGCGCCGCCGCAAACGUGCCGUGUGAGCUCCGAGUGUCACGCCGCGGCAAACAUCCGCGGCCCUCCCGGCGGCGUCCCGGACCGGAUGUCAAUGUCUCUUCUGCACACACGAGCCCAUCGCCGGCUUUCGCAGACGACACUUUCGACACCGUCUCCACGAUCGAUGAUGCGGACGAGCACGUCGCUGCAUCUCAAGUGCUUGCUGCACUAUCGCAGAACCGCGACCGGGAAGAUUCUUUCGAAGUAUUCGAAGCUGACAGUACCAUCACGGUGCGUGAGCCCGAGCCGCAAACAGUCCCGGACACAAUCGAUGGCAGGCAGGAAGAAGAAACAUCAGUCUUCCUGGGAGAGUCGACGUCCAUACGGUACGUCACUCAUGGGUAUCCCACUCCAGCAGGAGCCGGUGUCUCGCCGCCUGAAAACCUGAGGUUUCUCCACUCGGUGCCGAAUGCUGUUAGGGCCGAGAACAUGAUUCCGCCUUGGGAAGUUGAGAGAAGACAGGCUCGCAUACGGUCCCUCAAGGCUGAAGGCGUCUUUUCGUUUCCGCCGAAGCUGGCUGUGGAGGCGUUGCUUCGAGCAUACUUCAGGUGGUUCCACCCCUGCUUCCCAAUUGUAGAUGAACAGAAUGUAUGGGACCAGCAUGAGAGGGAAACUCUAUCUCCCCUUCUUCUGCAGGCCAUGCUCUUCAUCGCGGUCAUCCACUGUGAAGAGGAUGACUUGCCGACAGUUGGUCUUGGAAGCCGCCACAUGGCGAAGUACGUGUUCUACAAUAGGGCAAAAGACAUCUACGACGUCGACUUCGAGCCAAAGAAGUUCACAGUCACUCAGUCUUUAUUUCUGUUGAGCUUCUGGCGAGCCGGUGCUCUGCUUGAGAAAGAUGCGCGCCAUUGGCUCGGUGCCGCCAUCAGUCUCGCCCAGACGAAAGCCUUGCAUCGAUCGGCGCCUACAAAAUCAUCAGAUGCAAAUACGGAAAAGCUUCGGCGGCGGCUGUGGUGGUCGAUUUACAUCAGGGAACGACAAUGUGCUGCUGCCCUAGGCCUCCCAAACCGAAUCAGGGAUGAAGACUGCGACAUCGAGCCCCUGAGCGAACCGGACUUCGAACAUGCCUUCAGUCUGUCAUUAUCAGUACCCAAAGCACAAGAGUACACUGCAUAUGUCAUAGGCAUGUCUCAGCUCUCUCGAGUUUUAGGAAAGAUUGUGCACUGUGGAUAUCUCCCUAGCAAGUCACUCAGCACGAAUGACCGUUCACAGAUGAAGGAUGAUCUUGUUCGAUGGAGGCAGAGUCUACCUGCCGCAAUGCGUACUGGUACAGAUGAUCUUGGAGAUCCACCGGGGUUUCACUGCAAUAUGCUACAUCUUGCAUAUAACAAUCUUCUGAUCCUUCUGUACAGGUCAGGUUGCAUCGGUAGUGCAGAGGAAAGCCGAGAAGUUGACGGACAAGUCGCUCUCCAAGCUGCUGCUCGCAACUCAAGGAUCAUUGAGGAUAUGCUCCUUGAAGGAAACUUGCGACAUGGCCAGAUCCACGUCAUUACGAACCUCUUCAAUACCCUCUGUAUACAUACCGUUAACCUUCGAACAUCCCGGGGUACUGGCCGCGCUAUUCUCGAACAUAGAGCCAAGUUGUGUCUUCUAGGCUUACAGGAACUGCAGAAGACAUGGGAGGUCACAAAUUGGGUGCUACAGCUAUUUUUCAAGUACCUGGAUCGGUCCACAGCGGCGAGACUCCAGAUGCAGGAUGACUCAGGCGUGACUGGUGCUGCAGACAAGUGUCAGGUGAGCAGUCGCCAAGACGACAGAACGUUGGACACAGGAGGCUCUCCAGUACAUGAAUCUGGUGGCGACAUGGAUGGACUUGAUACUUUGCUCGCGUCAGACACGCCUUGGUCGUGGUCUACUGAAGAGGCCAAUCAGUUUCUCUUCUCGCAAAUCGAGAAUGAUUUUGCGUUUGGCGAGGGCGGAAUACUCGAAUGGACAAAUGCGGCAGCAACCAUCUAG